AUGGCUGCUGCUUCAGUGAAAGGCUUUUUCCAGCGGACCGGAAUCAGCAUCAAAGAAUAUUUUAAACGAAUGGGAAAUGAUUAUGCUACUGUAGCUAGGGAAACUGUCCAAGGAUGUAAAGAUAGACCUGUUAAAGCUGGAGUUGUUUUCUCUGGGCUCGGUUUUUUAACCUAUGCAUAUCAGACAAAUCCAACAGAGCUGGAAAUGUAUGAUUAUUUAUGCGAGAGACGACAAAAGUUAGUUUUGGUCCCGAAUUCUGAGCAUAAUCCGGCUACAACUAAAGAAUUAACUGCUCGCGACUUUCUCAUCAGCCAAAAUCGAUUGCAUUAUUACAAUCUCUGGUUCUUUUCGCUCUUGGUUGCUAGCGAUUACAACGAUAAACUUAGAAUAUAUUCUUCACAAGAUUCAAAUCUAAAAGAUUGGCCAUGGACAGAGUUGUGGAGGAACAUUGUUGACAUUGGAGCUCUCGGUAGAUGGCAUCGUAUGGAAACAGCAUUUGUUGAUUAUGAUGUUAAUACUGACGAGAUUGAUUUGCUGCCUGAUGGCGACAAAAAUUAGUGUUCAUUUUUGUUUAGGGUUUUACUAGAUCAAGUAGUUUUAUGUGAUACUGGUACUCUUGUUUUUUUUGUUUCAAAAUAAAAAUGUUUAUUGUUC